AUGAAUAAUUGGCAACACUUGUUUAACAAUACAGAUAGCAUAGUAAGCCAUAUUAACAAACCAUAUUUAAGGUACGAUAACCGUGAAAAAAAUGUAUCCAGCAUAGUAUUUGAUCAAUUUGCCAAUUUACUUUGGGCUGGGGACACUUAUGGUUGUGUCUCUUCUUAUGAUCCAAAUUUACAAUUAUAUACGAGGUAUAGAGGUCACAUUGGUGGUUCCUCCGUGAAAAGUAUUGUGCCUCUAAGAGAGGGUAUCCUAUCAUUAAGUGAAGAUGCUUUACAUCUAUCUAAUAGAAGAGGCGUUACUAUAUUUAACGUAACCAGUAUAAAUAUCGCUGAAUUUAGUGAAUUACAAACCAUGUGUCCUAUGUCUAUUGAUAACCAUGAUUAUAUUUAUUGUGCAGGUAAUAAUACAUCGGUAGGGAUCACCUGUCUUGAUUUAAACAAGGUUAAAUUGACAAGUAUCAUAAACUAUAAUGCAAAAGUUAAAUUAUUGAAGUCUGCAAGAAACUUAUUGCUUAUCGGGAAACCUUCAGGUGCAAUAGAUCUUUUGGACUCUAGAUCAAAUCAACUAAUUAAAUCUUUUAUUUGUCAUUCAGACACAAUCACAUCAAUGGACAUUGCAGAUUUUACUUUAGUAACAACAGGGAAGUCAAGAUCCUCCUAUAAUUCCUUUGCUGAUCCAUUCGUUAAUGUGUUUGAUUUAAGAUCUAUGAAACAGUUGGCACCGGUUUCGUUCUCAAAGGACAGUAAUACGGGCGUGGAAGGUGCAUCAUUUGUACAGCUACAUCCUGUGUUACCCACUGUUAUGUUUGUUGGUUCUAAAUCUGGUGAUUUCGAUUUUGUUGAUUUGUCAAAUCCAAUAAUAAGAACCCAAUAUAUUCACCCAGGUAAAGACAUUAAGUCCAUGGUUUUAUCUCCGAGUGGGGACCACAUAGCUGUAUUGGAAAACGAUAAUAUUCUAAGUACAUGGUCAAGAUCACCUCACGGCGGUAAUUUCACUAAUACACCUGAAAUUUUACAGUACCCAGAUUUCGUUGAUGAUGGUCCACCUAAUUUUGUGUCUGUUGAUAACAUGGAUUUUCCCUUGAGUAGCGUCGGUUUACCUUAUUAUAAUGAACGAUUAUUAUCUGCUUGGCCAUACACUCUUUUCAAUAGUGAUGGGUCUAUUCCAAAGAUAAUCAAUACAAAUUUAUCAUUGGCACAUAUACCAAAAAAUAACAAGCUACUGUCUUUAAAUAGUACAUCUUUAAAUCAUUCCUCGAAAAAGUUCCCAUUCUAUAGGUAUGAUAAAAAUAAGUAUGGAAGAAGAAAUGUAGCUACAAGAUAUGUUUGUAUGAGAGAUUUGAGGAAAAACAUCUUGACUGGUAAUGUUGAUAAAGAAGAGAUUCUGAAUUAUAAAGGGUCUGGUAAGAAUAUACCAUCAGCAUAUAGCCAAUUGCCCUUUACGUAUGGUAAGUAUGGUUCGAAUAAUUUUGAUUUUCAAUCUUACAACAAGACAAAGUAUUCAGGACUUGACACAGAUGUUGAUAAUUCUUACACAAAUUCAAUCAUUCAAUUGUAUCGGUUUGUUCCGGAAGUUUUUAACUUUUCAGUGUGUUGUUUAAAAGAUGAAAAUUUUGAGAAACCAUCACUAUUAUCUGAGUUGGGAUACCUAUAUGAUAUGAUGAGUAGAUCCAAUGGGGUAGUCUGCAGAUCUGCAAAUUUUCAAAGUGUAUUAAAUUCAAUUCCUCAAGCUUCUAAAUUAGGAUUAUUGGAUAAUAAUAUAAAUGAAUUAUCUGAAAUGAACUAUAACUCUAUUUUAGAAACUUUAAGUACUAAUAAUAAUAGUGAUAGUGGUAAUAAUAGUAAUGAUAGUUCAUCACAAAACGAUUUCUUGUCUAAAAGUGUCAUACAAAAAUUCAAUGAGUUUUUACUAAAUCGAUUGUUAAAGGAAGAAUUUGAAAGUACUGGCCAUAAUAUAACAUUGGAACAAUGUUUUGGGCUUACAGUAUCUACUGAAAUCAAACCCAAAUGUAAUCAUUACAAUAAGGUGACCAAUGUGGAGGCAUGUUUAACUCUCCAAUCCCCAAUUAGAAAUGGUGUUAAACAACACCCUAAAAAAAUAAAUAAUCAAACUAUUCUACCAUACAUUGAAUCAUCUAUGAGAAAUAUUAAAAUGCAAAAGAGAGUCUGUGAAACGUGCGGUAAACAUGACAUGGUAGAGGUUGAAAAAACGGUCAAUAAUUUGCCACCACUAAUGUCUCUUCAAGUUAUGUUGUCUAUAUCAGAAUGGAAAACUGUUAGAACUGUUAAAAAGUGGCUGUCAAAAGAAUUCUUUGCAGCCAUUUAUAAAAAUAAAAUUAUAAUUAAACCUUCAUAUCAAGAUUUAAAAAUGCCAGGCGAAGUAUUCAAAUAUGAAUUAAAUGGAUAUGUUGCUAGAGUGACAGACCCAUCUACAAAUUCAUCUCGAUUAGUGACAUAUGCACGUGUUUGGGAUCAUGAACAACAAAAUUUUAAAUGGUAUAUGUUUAACAACUAUCUAGUUGUGGAAAUCAGUGAGGAGGAAGCAUUUAACGUUUCGUACUGGUGGAAGAGUAUAGAAGUUAUUCUUUACUGUGAUAGUGAAGAAAUAAGAAAACCUUUUUUUUCUAUAAACACAUAUUCUUUAAAUUAUGAUAUUCUUUACAAAGAUCAUUUUUCUAAUGGAAUUAGAGAAGGUUAUAAGAAACAAUAUAAAUUAUUAACGAGGACUGAAGCUCCUAAAGAAGGUACUUUGAUUGCGAUAGACGCGGAAUUUGUUUUAUUGAAGGAGGAAUUAUGUGAUAUUGAUUGUCAAGGUACAAAAACAAUUGUAAGACCUAAAAAAUCUUCUUUAGCAAGAAUUUCAGUAAUCAGAGGGGAAGAAGGACCCUUAUAUGGUAUUCCAUUUAUUGAUGAUUAUAUUGUCAAUAAAGACCAUGUGGAGGAUUAUUUAACCAAAUAUAGUGGUAUUAUGCCAGGUGAUUUAGAUAUAGAGAAAAGUCAUAAACCAUUAGUCUCGAGGGAAGUAGCAUAUAGAAAGAUUUGGUUAUUAAUGCAAAUUGGUUGUAUUUUUGUGGGUCAUGGAUUAAGUAAUGAUUUUAAAUUGAUAAAUAUUAAUGUCCCUAAAGAGCAAAUCAGAGAUACAGCAGUAUAUUUUUUGCAAGGAAAGAGAUAUUUAUCACUUAAAUACUUAGCAUUCACAUUAUUAGGCAAAAAUGUUCAACAAGAUAAUCAUGAUUCUAUUGAAGAUGCAUACACAGCAUUGAUUCUUUACAAGAAAUAUUUAGAUAUCAAAGAGACUGGUAAUUUACCAAAAGUUAUUGAGACAUUGUAUGAGGAAGGAAGAGCCUCAAAUUAUAAAGUUCCAGAACCUGUAUCUUCACAGACAAAGAAUUAG